AUGGCUGGGCUGGACGGCGUCAGGGGACGAGCAUCGCCCGAGCCACUCCCGGUUCCGGUGCCGUGGGCUCCAGUUGCACUAGUCAGCUUCGUCGACGCUGCUGCCGCGGGCGCUUCUCCCAUGAUCGGACAGGGACAGGAGACCGCUGUUGAUGUCGCCAGGAAGAAGGACGACACGGCGAUGAUCGGCGUAGCCACGGCGGCGCACGGUGACCGCGCUCACGUGCAGGUGGCGGAGAUUCCAUACGUCAUCUCGUUCAGCGUGCCGGCAUCCCCGUCGGGGCUGCACCUCGCGCAGCUGGGCGCGUGCGCGUCCAUCAGCAGCGACGGCGACGUCGUCCACGUGGCGCCGUCGGCCGAGGUGAAGCUCGACUUGCACCACCCCGCCGCGGAGCCACAGCUGCUGAAGCGGGCGCGGUACCACUCGCAGCCGACGCUGACGAUCAGGAGCGAGGAGCCGCCGCUGCAGCGGCAGCGCACGGUGUCACGCAGCGACAACACGCGGGACCAGCGGUUCGACCACUUCAAGACAUUCGCCGGGCGCCUGGAGCGCCAGCUCUCCAACCUCCGCGGGAUGCCGCAGGAGCCGCCCGAAAUCGAGCCCGCCGAGUUCAAGAUCUCCGAGGAGGAGACAGACAACGACGAGAUCCCCACCGCCGACCGCUACUUCGCCGCCCUAGAAGGCCCCGAGCUCGAGACUCUUAGAGCGACGGAGGUGCCGGUGCUGCCCGCGGACGAGAAGUGGCCGUUCCUGCUGCGGUUCCCGAUCAGCGCCUUCGGGAUGUGCCUGGGCGUGAGCAGCCAGGCGAUGAUGUGGAAGACGCUGGCGUCGGAGCCGUCCACGGCGUUCCUCCACGUGAAUCCGGCCGUGAACAACGUGCUAUGGUGGGUCUCCGUCGCGCUGAUGGGCCUCGUUUCCGCCACCUACCUGCUCAAGGUGGUGUUCUACUUCGUGGCCGUCCGCCGCGAGUUCCACCACCCCAUCCGCGUCAACUUCUUCUUCGCGCCGUGGAUCGCCUGUUUGUUUUUGGUGAAGGGCCUGCCGCGGCCGGAGUGGACGCUCCCCCACGUGGUGUGGUACCUGCUGAUGGCGCCCAUCUUCUGCCUGGACCUCAAGAUCUACGGCCAGUGGAUGUCCGGCGGCGACCGGCGGCUGUCCAAGGUGGCCAACCCGACAAACCACCUGGCCGUCGUGGGCAACUUCGUCGGCGCGCUGCUGGGCGCCCGGAUGGGGCUCCGCGAGGUCCCCAUCUUCUUCUUCGCCGUCGGGCUCGCCCACUACCUGGUGCUGUUCGUGACGCUGUACCAGCGCCUCCCCACCAACGUGCAGGUCCCCAAGGAGCUCCACCCGGUGUUCUUCCUCUUCGUCGCUGCCCCAAGCGUCGCCUCCAUGGCCUGGGCCAGGCUCUGCGGCGAGUUCAACUACGGCGCCAAGAUCGCCUACUUCGUCUCCCUCUUCCUCUACAUGUCCCUGGUGGUGCGGAUCAACUUCUUCAGGGGUGUCCGGUUCUCGCUGGCGUGGUGGGCGUACACGUUCCCGAUGACGAGCGCGGCCGUCGCGACGACGCUGUACGCGUCGGAGGUGACCAACUUGCUCACGCGGGCGAUGGCGGUCGGGCUCGCCGGGAUCGCGUCCGUGACGGUCACCGGUGUGCUGGUGGCCACCAUGUACCACGCGUUCGUACGCAAGGACCUGUUCCCGAACGACGUGUCCAUCGCCAUCACGCAGCGGCCCAAGCCCAAGUUUAGCAAGAUCCUGGCGCACCUCCGCUCCUCCGGCUCCGACGUCAAGGAGCUCGUCUUCGCAGUCUCCAGGCACGGCGGCUCCGAGACCAACAGCGGCAGCGAGUUCCCCUUCCCGAUGGCACAUGGCCGUGGCAGAGCAGAGCCGUAG